AUGAAUCCUCCAUUAAAUACGAUUCAUCAGAUUUACCCACAACUUCAUCCGACAAAGGUGAGUCAACAGAAGAAUCCGCCUUCACUACAACCUUCGAAGAAUCGAUGGAAACCAUGGAAUCAGCAAACGAAGGAAAGGAAACGCCUGAAAGGUAUGAUUGAAGGUGGUGCUAAACAAGGAUUGAAGGAGAGUUUUGACCAAUUUGCAGGAUUGCUUGGUCAAAGAGUCAAACCCGUGAAUCAGUUGAUUGUAUUAGACAAAGAUCAAACGUUGGAGGCUUUGCUGAAUGAUCACCAAUCCCAUUGGGAAUUGGGGGUGGGGUAUUUUUGUAAUUUCACUGUGUUUUCUACUGUUUUCAUGGUUGUUUAUGCUUUUGUGCAUAUUUUUCUAUAUCCUUUUGUAGUGUUGCCAUGCAAUGGGAAGACAAGAACAAGUUCUGUCAAGCUUCAAACUCUCGAUCCACAAUGUAAUGAAAUAAUCAAAUUUGAUGCUGCAGAAGAACCCCCGUCGUUAUUGGAUGUUGAAGUUUUUGACUUUGAUGGUCCUUUUGGUCAACCGGCUUCACUUGGGAAUGCGGAGAUUAGAUUAUUGAGACAUACGUCUGAAGAAUUGUUUCCAUUCUUUUGUGUCUUUUCAUUCUGCAAACAGUUGUCGUUGCUUGUUGUUGCUAUCGCUGCUUUCUGUUGUUGCUUGCUAUUUAUUGUUGUUGUCCCAGUUAUCAGAUCCUCCAUUGUUUGCAGCAUGUACUACGAUACACAGGAGGCUCUAAGGUUCUCAAGGAUCACCAGGUCAAUUUCAUGCUCUCUAUGGUGCUCAAAAUGGUGUUUCUGCCCCUCCUAUGCAACUUGGCAGCCUUCUCGGACCACCUCCUGCUGGCUUCAAAACAAAUGGCAACCUCCUGCUGCGGUCACUACUCAUCAGCAUGCGUUGAUAACUCUCGACAUCAAGCAACAUCCCUUUAAUCUUGCUUACUCGAUGCUUCAACAGCCUCCCCACCUACUUCCUACCUUCGGUCAUCAUCACCAGUACCUGUUGCCUUCUCAGCAGCCUUAUGCAAGCCCUCCUCCGUAG